UCUGCUUUUGGAGUGGGCUUCGCGAAUCGUCUAUUGGUUUCUCUUUUGGCUUCGCCAUUUUCCCCACUGCCGUCGUUUCCCCGUUUCACUCCAUUACCGCCGCCGAGAUCACCAACCGUUCACCGCAUCGGGAUCUCGCGGCCUCCGUCCUAACGCUAGAAGCAGACAGUACAAUGGAAGAUCUGAAAGCAGCACUGAACGAGCACGUUGAUCUCGUAUCCGAACUCUUGGAGAAGUUCUCCGCCGAACUCCGCAGCGGAUUCGGCCCUGCCGUGGACAACUUUGUAGGUUUCUUCCACGCAAUUGAUUGGAAGGAACCUUGGUUGAUAUGCUUAUUAACUUUUCACUUUUUUUUGCUGGUGACUACUAUGUUAUCAAGGAAAAAUGUGAACUUUCAACUGUGCUUAUCUCUUCUAUCAUUUUCUGGUGUCUACUUUGCUGAGAGGAUAAACAGUUUCCUGGGGGAGAACUGGAAGAGCUUUUCAAGCCAGAACUAUUUUGAUCCCCAUGGUCUCUUUAUCUCAGUUCUCUGGUCUGGCCCACUUCUCAUCAUAACUAUCUUAAUCGUGGUAAACACUCUCUUCACGCUUUGCCAUCUCAUGGUGAAAUGGAAAAAAGCAGAACUGAGACAUCGGGCUCGGCUUGCGCGUGACAAACAGGAAUAGCAUGUAUUCCUCUUUGUUCUGAGAAACUCAUUUAUGACCUUCUACAUAAGUUAGCAAAGCCUGGAACCAUAAAUCCUUGAUUCAUAUUCAAACUUAGAGGGCUUUUGGAGACUAUUUUCUAGCGGCAUGUUAGACUUCAUUAACUGGAAUUAACUAGAGGUAGCUUAGAAAUUUGAGAUCCCUAGUGAUAAACUUAGACUAAACAGUCCUCUCUUACACUUUUCCGACAAGAUUAUUUCUGGGUUGCAAUGGCAAGGAAUUGACUGGUUAAGCAA